UCCCCUAAUACCCCUUCACAGUUCACCAUCUCUCUCUCUCUCUCUCUCCUGAGAACACACAAACUAAACCACCACCGUCGACGCAUAAACACCAAAAAUAACAGGGUCGUUUUUUAAGCUGCUCUGUUUUCCAUUUCUUUCAAUAAGAAAAAAGCUGAGGGCACAUCUCCGCCGUCGUUCAUUCCCGCCACGGCGGUGAUGGGAAUGAACACCACCACCACCACACGGUCAACGAUGAUACAGAACCUCACCUAUUUCUUAUCGGAGCACCCAUCAAUCGUCAACUUCCGUUGGAGCCACUCCCAAUCAUGGGGCUCGACGUGGUCCUUCCUCUUCACCUCCAUCUCCCUCCACAUCACCCUCUCCCUCCUCCUCCACAUCCUCCUCCUCAUCCUCCGCCGCACCCGACCCGUUCCCCUCGGACCCGUCCCGGCUCUCCACAGCCUCUCCAUGGCCCUCAUCUCCGCCACAACCUUCGCCGGCAUCCUCCUUUCCGCCGCCGCCGAGAUCCGCGACACUAGGUGGUUCUGGCGCCGCUCCAAGACCCCCUUCCAGUGGCUGCUCUGCUUCCCCCUCGGCACCCGCUCCUCGGGUCGGGUCUUCUUCUGGUCCUACAUCUUCUACCUCUCCCGGUUCCUCCACACUUUCCGGACCUACUUCACCGUCCUCCGGCGACGGAAACUCUCCUUCUUCCAACUCUUCAGUCAAUCAAUCCAGAUUUUCAUGACCUUUCUCUGGCUCGAAUUCUCUCAAUCGUUUCAAAUUCUGGCGAUUCUGGUCACGACCUCCGUCUAUUCGGUGGUUUACGGGUACAGAUUCUGGGUGGCGAUCGGAUUGCCGAGUGGGUGUGCGCCGUUCGUGGUGAAUUGUCAGAUUGUGCUUCUGGGUUGCAAUCUUUUGUGCCAUGUUGGGGUUCUGUUGCUGCAUUUGAUGAAAGGUGGGUGUAAUGGAAUUGGGGCUUGGGUGUUCAAUUCGGUGCUCAACUCCGCGGUUUUGUUGCUGUUCUUGAAUUUCUAUGUCAAGAUGCAUAUCAGGAAGAGAAAGGUUGUUGGUGGUGUGAUUGGUCGUGGUGGUGGGUCAGAUAUGGAGACAGUGAAAGAAAAAGAUAUUUGAGUGGUGGGCUUGCACUUUUCUUUUCUUUUCUUUUCGUUUUUUUCUUUUUUUUUUUUUUUUCAGAUGAGGUAUAAAAAGGUACAGUUUUCCAAGGUAAAUAUAUAUACGAGUAUAUAUAUAUAUAUAUGAGUUUUAUUCUCAUUCUCCUGUGUGUUUGCAAGAGUUUGAAAUUAAUGGAAGUAGUAAUUAUUGGUAAAAAAAAAUCAUUAAGGAGAAUAAUGGUCGUUACUAAAUUCAUAGUCAAUUUGUUAGGUGAUCCUAUUUAUUGAUUUGAUGCAGUUAUUAGAUAUUACACCUUUUAGAUGCUUUAUAUGAGUUUUAUAAUGAGUAGAGGAAAAUUUUCAACUGAUUCAAAUUGACUAACUUUUUGAAUAAAAGGUAUUUGUGUGUGUGUGUGUGUGUUUUUUUUUUUUUUUUUUUUGGAAAUUCGAGGUAUGCGAUACUUUGUCCUGAUUAAUCCCCGAGGACCCGUGUAAGGCGACCCUCUCCACACGGACCGAGUAAAAUUCAGACUAUGUCUGUGGUCGUGGCUCCAUGAAAUUGCUCGCAUCUAAAAGGAAUCAAACCUGAGACUUGAAGCUUAACGAAACUCCAAGUCUCAAGCCUCUUCCACUAGGCCAACCUCUUCCACUAGGCCAACCUCUUGGGGUUGUGUGUGUGUGUGUGUUUUUAUUUCCUCAUUUGUAUGUUUUAUUGACGAAAUGGAAUGUGGUAUGAUAGGUUUCAUGUAUGGAUGAUGAUGUAAAUGAUUUAGGAUAAAAGUAUUUCAAUUAUGUGCCUAUCCAAUUCAUUAGACCUUUUCACUUUCUUUUUUUUUUUGUUUCACCACUGUUAAAAUUUCUUAUGUGAAAUCUUAUCAUCAAAAGGUUAUUUCAGUCAUUUUAUCCUAUUUAAGACUGAAAUCUUAUCCUCAAAAGUUAUUCUGCAGGCGGAAUUAGAAUUAGAACCAUGUAAAGAAUUUUCAAACAAUGUAGGAGGAACAUUUUUCAGUCAAAAAUGAUUUAAAGUCGAAUUACCAAAUAUAUUUAUAUAAUCGAAUGACUUUAUUUGUCUGAAUAUUACUAUUCGUUUUUUUUUUUUUUUUUUUCUUUCAUUUAGGAUGACACAAACACUCAACUUAGGUAGUUUAUUUGGAUUUAUUUUCAAUUUAUUCUUAUCAAAAUUUGGACUAAUUAAACCUUGUUAAGUUUGCAAAUUUGAUUUUGAAAAAUAAUAGUGAGCUCUGUUAGAGAGAGCCCACAUUGUUGACCAUUCUUUCUUGAAAUGACCCAAAAAUAAAAA